AUGUUUGAUUUGAAGAAAGACUGGAGCAUCUCCUUUGCAGGCUGCGGUUUUAUGGGAAUUUAUUAUGUCGGUGCCACCAGCUGUAUCCUUGAACGGUUCCCUUGCCUCCUGCAAGACGCCUCUCAAAUAUACGGAGCCUCUGCAGGGUCUUUGAUGGCUGCUGUCCUUACCAUUGGAAUCCCCCUAGAACAAUGCUGUGCUGAUUUGAUGUUCAUGGCCAAAGAGGCCAGGAAGUACAAACUGGGGCCCCUGCACCCAGCUUACAACCUGCUGCAGAUAGUGCAUGACUCUCUGCUUUCAAGCCUUCCAGAAGACGCCCAUGUUCGAGCCUCUGGGAGGCUGUGUGUGUCCCUGACCAGAGUGUCUGACCGGAAGAACGUGCUGGUGUCAGAGUACGACACCAGGGAGGAGCUCAUUCAGGCCCUUAUAUGCAGCUGCUUCGUCCCUUUCUACUGUGGUGUUAUUCCACCCACCUACCGAGGGGUGCAUUACGUGGACGGCGCCGUCAGUGACAACCUGCCUCGCUGUCACCUGAAAAACACAAUAACGUUUUCUGCGUAUGCCGGUGAGAGUGACAUCUGCCCCCGGGCGAGCACGCUGAACUUCCAUGAGGUGCGCUUCAACAAUGUCAGCAUCCAGGUCAACUCAGAGAACAUGCACAGAGUGGCCAACACCUUCUUCCCCCCAGAGCCUGAGGCAAUGUCUGAAAUCUGCCAGAAAGGCUACAUGGAUGCUCUCCGCUUCCUGCAAGAGCAGCAUCUGAUCAGCAGCGAGUGUCCACUGAGAAGUUUGGAGACGGACUUGCACAGACCUGCUUGUUGUGAGCUGGUGAAGGAGCAGGCUGAAGCCGAAGAGGCCAAUGUGAACACGCAGCGGAGCCGACUGAAGCCUCUUCAGGAGGAACACUUUUGGCUGGAUCCACAGCUCGUAGAGAAACUCCCAGCUGACAUCAGAAAGGCGCUGUGUGAGGCCUGCAGAGAAUCCCACACAGCUGGUGGUCUGUUGUCCCACGUGACCGAGUACCUGCCAAAGAAAGUGACGUCAUACCUGCAGAUCCCCUGUACUCUGCCCGUCGUGUCGCCUUACUCUUUAGCCCACAGACUGGUGGAUUGGAUCCCAGAUGUGCCCAAGGACAUGAGCUGGCUCUAUGGCAAGGCUGAGGACAUAUACAAACAAGCGUGGAAGGACAGAGCGGAGGACAAUGACAGAGAAUCACCUCUGCACAGAUGUACGAGCCUGCCUUUAGGCCUGAACCUGUGGAACAGCAGGAAAGAGGACACAAACACUCUCCCAAUGACCCCAGAAGCCACGCCCACCUCCAGCCUCACCUUCACCUGGAACACACACAGUGAGGUGGACCACAUGCCCCUGACUCCUCCCCCCACGCCCUCCCUCAGCCCCACAUCUGGGUUUGAAAGUGCAGGUAGAGGGUGGGGAUUGGGCAGAGCUAUGGGGUGGAUCAGGAACACGACUAACUCUACCUCAAACCAUUGA